AUGCCAGACAUUAUAAUUGUCAAUGACAAUGCUUCAUUUACCUCGAGUACGACCUUCUCCACUGCAGACUCAGAGCAACAACCGCCACGUCCGCUGCGUCGCAGAAAUACAGUAACGCAACUGACGAGGCGCGUCUCUAAGAGGAUAUCUCAGACAAUCCUUGGAUCUGGAGUACAAGAGCAUCGACUGAGCGAAAAGAACCUUAAGGAUCUCAACGAUGCAACCCAGAUGGACGCGCCGGGUUCGCCUGGCUCAUACCUCCCAGAUCCAUCCCACGAGCCAAUGAUCUAUGAGCCUAUCCAUGAAGACAUCGAGGAGGAGAUCCAUAGCGUAGAUGUGGAAGCAGUCAGAGAAAUGCGUCUGCAAGAAUCCUAUGCUGCUUUCUGUCGCGACUUUACAAUGUCAGGGAAGACAACAAUGAACCGAAAAUUCGACUUGAGCAUGGAGAUGGAAUAUUCUCCAGAAACAAACCACCAAUCGCGAGCAAAUUCAAUUCAUGGCAACGAGAAAUCCGAAUCAAACUCACCACCUGACCUUUCGGGUCAUAUAAUGGACAAUACAGGGUCACAACCCAGACCGAGACCGCACUCGGUCGCCUAUCCAAUAUCAUGCACAUCCAUGCAUCAGGACAUAUACAUGCAACCGCCCCAAUCAGCAACCACCAGAGAGCCACCUCUCCGAUGGCCAGAAAUCUCCCCAUCCAAAGUCGAGCAUGACUACAACAGAUACGGAUCCCGCACCUCCAACUAUCCACACCCACCACCGCGAAUUAUCACCCCAACCGUCUGGAUGGACAUGCAACGAACCGAGCGGGAGCGCAAAGAAGCUCGGCGAUCGAGACUCCUAGCGCCCUUUCGGUCUUGGUUUCUGACUAGUCCACCCUCGUGGGGACGGAGAUAUGAUGUUGUCGAAUAG